UUUCACUUUACUUGGUGAGUUCACACUCUGGAGAUUUUCCUCGCGCUUUGAGAUGGCCGUGUGUGUUUUCUCUUCGUUAGUCACUGUACUGUGUGUGGGACUGUAUGGAAAAUAUACAUACGCAGCAUGUACAGAUCCUGUUGUCACUCUGGCGUCUCUGCUGGUGGAGUAUGGAGACCCUGCUGAAGUGAACUGCUCCAUACCGAGCAAACCUGAGACAGAUUACGUGCUGGGCUGGGAGUCUAAAACAUCACAGCCAGCUACAGACAAUGAGACGAGUGUGAUGUGGAAGGUGGACAGUCUGACGAAUUGGGAGGAGGCUGACGGACUCCAGUGUUACUUCACAGUGGGAAGUACUAUGUGUGAGAGUAAUGUAACUGUCACCAUUUACAAGACGCCAGACAGGGUUACACUGAGCUCUGUGUCUGAUGUGUGGGUAGAGGGAGAUCAGACAGAGCUGUGGUGUGAGAUUGAAAACGUUGGUCCUGGACAUAAACUCAGUGUACGCUGGAGCAGAGCAGAUCCAAAGCACAACAACGCUUUCACACAAUUCAGUGAAACGACGUUCCCAGACUUGGUAAAUGAGAUGAAGAACGUGAGCAUGACAGUGAACUUAACUGUAACGCCCAGACAUGAGGAUGAUGGAGUGCAGUAUCAGUGUGCAGCUGUGCUGAAUCUGGACCAACAUCCGCUCGUGUUCACAUCACAACCACUCAACGUCACUGUACACUCAUGUACAGAUCUUGUUGUCACUCCGGCGUCUCUGCUGGUGGAGUAUGGAGACCCUGCUGAAGUGAACUGCUCCAUACCGAGCAAACCUGAGACAGAUUACGUGCUGGGCUGGGAGUCUAAAACAUCACAGCCAGUUACAGACACUGAGACGAGUGUGAUGUGGAAGGUGGACAGUCUGACGAAUUGGGAGGAGGCUGACGGACUCCAGUGUUACUUCACAGUGGGAAGUACUAUGUGUGAGAGUUCUGUAACUGUCACCAUUUACAAGAGGCCAGACAGGGUUACACUGAGCUCUGUGUCUGAUGUGUGGGUAGAGGGAGAUCAGACAGAGCUGAAGUGUGAGAUUGAAAAUGUUGGUCCUGGACAUAAACUCAGUGUACGCUGGAACAGAGCGGAUCCAAAUCAAAACAACGCUUUCACACAAUUCAGUGAAACGUCGUUCCCAGACUUGGUAAAUGAGAUGAAGAACGUGAGCAUGACAGUGAACUUAACCGUUACUCCCAGACGUGAGGAUGAUGGAGUGCAGUAUCAGUGUGCAGCUGUGCUGAAUCUGGACCAAGAUCCGCUCGUGUUCCCAUCACAACCACUCACCGUCACUGUACACUCUGAGCUGCCAUUCAUCUGGGGAGCGAUUGCUAUAGUGUUGAUCUUAGCUGUGGUCAGCUUUGAGUGCUGGAUAUAUUUCCAAUACCCACACAUGGGUCGUGCUACAUCCUGAAGCACCUGAGAUCCCACAGGAACAAUGGCUAUGUGCAACACAAUGCUGUGAACCAAGGACAACCGUAGAUCCUGAUAUUAAAACCUGUGUCAUUAACCCUGACUCCAGUGUAUCUAACGCUAACACUGCCUCCUGUGUAGUUAACCCUGACUCCAGUGUAUCUAACGCUAACACUGCCUCCUGCGUAGUUAACCCUGACUCCAGUGUAUCUAACGCUAACAUUGCCUCCUGCGUAGUUAAC